GGAAAUCUGCCCCCAAUUUAGCAGAGAGACGAUGAUGAUGGCCCAACCUCCUCGUCACCCUCUUCUUCUACCACCCUUUCUCCUUCUCCUCCUCCUCCUUCACCUCUACUGUCCAGCUCAAGCAGAUCGGAUCAAUGCCCUUGAUUUGGCUGCACUACGAGAAAUCAGAGACGACCUGACCGACCUGCCGGGCACCGACUUCUUCUCCACCUGGGACUUCACCUCGCCGGAUCCAUGCUCUGAUUUCGCCGGCGUCACCUGCUCCGGAGAACCUCCGAGAGUCACCAUCCUCACUCUCGGCACCGGCCUCUCCGCCUCGCCGGGGCUCGCCGGCUCCCUCUCCCCUUCCCUCUCCAAGCUCACCCAAUUAACCCAGCUCGUCCUCUUCCCCGGCAUUGUCACCGGCCCCAUCCCGCCCGAGCUUGGUCGACUCACCCAGCUCCGAGUCCUCUCCCUCACCAACAACCGGCUCACCGGCCCGAUCCCCACCUCCAUUUCAGCCCUCCGGAACCUCCACACGCUCGAUCUCAGUUCCAAUCAGCUCACCGGACCUCUCCCUUCGAGCCUCUCGGGGUUGAGCCAGCUCAAGGUCCUGGUUCUGGCCUCCAACCGGCUCUCCGGAGAGCUCCCGAAGUCGCUGCCCGCACAACUCCUCCACCUGGACCUGAAAAAUAACGGAUUCUGGGGGAGGCUGCCGCUUCGUCUACCGGAGCCGCUGCGGUACCUGUCGGCGUCGGGCAACCAGAUGUGGGGCCCACUCAACGGUCUACAGUCACUGUCAUCAGAAUUAGUGUACCUCGACUUGAGCAUGAACCGCUUCAGUGGGCCCAUCCCGGCCUCACUCUUUCGGUCCACUCUCUCAUCAAUGCUGCUGCAACGGAACAAUCUCUCCGGUGGGCUACCACCAUCAUCGUCAUCGUCGCCAUCCUACGGCCCAGGAUCAGUCGUGGACCUCAGUCACAACUCCCUGGGAGGGGAGAUAUCAACUGUUCUGGCGGGCGCAGAGAGUGUAUUCUUGAAUAACAACCGUCUGAUGGGGAGGGUGCCUGUGGAGUAUAUUGACGCGGUGCGCCGAGGGAGCACCAGGACAUUGUACUUGCAGCACAAUUACUUGACGGGGUUUCCGGUAGAAGGUGGUUUGCCGGACUCGGCUUCAGUGUGCCUGGCUUACAACUGCAUGGUGCCGCUGGUGGGGCUGGCCACCUGCCCAGCCAGCGCCGGCGGCCAGCUAUCCAGACCCAUGAAUCAGUGUCCCGUGUUCAAUCAUAAUGACAGCUCCACUGGUUAAACUAAACAUUUCUUCGUUUUUUUUUUUUUUUUUUUGUGUGUUUUUGAGAGUGGAAGGGAUUAGGACCACAACGUGCAUGCCAAGCACGGGUAUAUAAGGUUUUACUUUAUGAUUUCCUAUAUAUAUAUACAUAUGUGUGUGUGAAAUGAGAAAGGAAAAGUGAUUCAGCUUUAAGAGAAGAGGUGGGUGUGGUGGAGAUUAAUGUUGUUUGUAGAGAUUAUAUAUAGUAAUACUAGUGUGCCACUGCCAGGGACCGGCCCAUGUCUGUCUGCUGCAUCUACAGUGCGCCUGCAGUGUGUUCGUUUCUAUACUUUUUCGUUUUAUUUUUGAAUGAUGUCCUAUUUUAAUCUUU